UGGGUUCGGGUUCACAUUAUAAAAAGCAGCGAGAAGUCGACGGACACGGCACUCUAGUUCUUAACUCGUUUUCCCUUAACCAGAUCAUCGCGUCUGUGACUUCGCAACUUGAAUGGACAGGCUGAUCUGCAUUCACUUAUGACGCAUGAAUCCCAGCCGUAGUAAUCGAGAAACAAAUUAGCAGCUUCACUGACUGUCAGCAGCAAGAGGAAUAAGGAAGCGACAUGCCCAACAUCGCAAAAUGUAGCACCUUCGUGGGCAGCACCGCCCUGGUGACCCUGGGAGGUUUCAUGCUCGUCCUCUGGCCUGCAAUUGUCGACCUUGUGCUCACAAAUGAGUUGAUGCUGACUCCGGGUUCCGUGCAAUAUGGAGUGUGGAAAGAGACGCCAAUUAACAUUUUCAUGGAGUUUUACAUGUUCAACUGGACCAAUCCAGAGGAGAUCUUAGACGAAAACAAGAAGCCACAUUUUACUGAGCAUGGGCCUUACGUUUUCAGAGAACAUCAUCAAAGAGUGAAUGUUUCCUGGAAAGACAACAAUGACACAGUGGAGUUCCAUCAGAUUCGAACCUACCAUUUUGAUAAAGAACUUUCGAACGGCUCACUCGAUGACAUCAUCACAACCGCUGAUCCUGUUGCUUUAGCUGCACCUUAUGUGGUUCGCAAAAACCCUGCUUUGCUAUUUGGUUUGAACCUAGUGAUGGACGUGGCAAAGACUGAGCGCUCAAUUUCCAAAACUGUCAACCAAUUCCUGUUUGAAGGUUACAACGACACCUUGCUGGAUUUAGUCAACUCAAUCCACAACCCAGAGUUCAACAUUCCAUUCGACAAGUUUGGGUGGUUUUACAACAGAAACAACUCGUGGCAGUAUGAUGGCAAAUUCGACAUGUACACGGGAAAAGACAAACUGACAAAAUUGGGAGUCUUGACGGAAUGGAACGAUAGUAACCGCACUCAAGAAAACUUUGGCGAGUGCGCGAUGGUCAACGGCACCACUGGUGAGGUCUGGCCGCCUCUCAGCAACACGGAUGAUGUUGAUUUGUUUGUUACUGAUCUCUGCAGGACUUUGAAGAUGGAGUACUCUGGAAAGGUGAACAAACAAGGCAUCGAGGGCAACUUGUACUUAGCGGGCAAUCGAUCAUUGGAUAAUGGGCAGCAAUUUCCCGAAAACAAGUGCUUUUGUGGCGGCCCUGACUCGGAAGAGAGCUGCAUGCCCGCGGGAGCAAUGAACGUUUCCAAAUGCAAAUUUGGCGCUCCAGCGUUUGUCUCAUUGCCGCAUUUCCACAAAGCCGAUCCUAUUUAUCUGGAGAAAGUGGACAUGCCUCCCCCAAACGAAGAGACUGAUGAAUUAUUUAUUGUUGUUGAACCAAACACUGGCGUUCCAAUGGAAGUAGAGGCAAAAUUGCAGAUCAAUUUGCUCAUGCAGCCUUAUAAGCAGAUUGGAAUAUUCAAGAAAGUACCACGAGUGCUGAUUCCAAUGUUUUACUUCAAACAGUCGGCAAAACUGACUCCACAUCUGGCGUACCUGAUGCGAAUCGUAUUGGACCUCAAGAUGAUUGGGUUCAUUGUGGCUGGAGUUUUUGUUUUCAUUGGACUAGUUAUCUUUAUUAGUGGCAUCUACAUGACCAUUUGGGGCCGCUGGAGCAAAGUCCCAAAACCCGCUGAUACUGUGUGCCUAAUUGAUGACGAGAAUGUUUCUACCAUCUCAUCAGAAAAUAUGGAAAAUCCGGUUACGUGAACCAGUAAUAGGAUUACAUUGACACUCGUCAAGCUUAUCUGCAACAAAAGCAGGCAAGUUUUCCAAAGUGGGUGCCAUUAUUUAUUGUGAUAAAAUGUUUCUGCAAACUUUGUGGUGCAGUUCGAUACGGUUGUCUAGCAAACGUGAUUUUAAAUAACGCAAGAAGCGCUUCUCUUUAUUCAUAUUCAAUCAAUUUCCGUAAUAAUUAAGCAAACGAUAUUUUUAUUCUUUACUGUAGUAAGAAAUCGAACAAAGACCUAGUGUAUUAUAUUUUUAAUAAAUAAUAUUCACAUAAUAUCGACAGAAAUUGUAAAGACUUUGAAUAAACAUGCCAUUUAUAGAGAA